AUGGAUCUGACCUCAGACUCGAUUGAAACGCUAUCGUCGCCCGAACCGUUCAGCAGUAACAGUUCACGAUCACCACAUUCCAGUCCAGAACUGAAAUUCUCCAUUCAGAAUAUUCUCGAUCCGGAUUUCGGAAAGCAUGUAAAAGGCUCAAAAGCGAGUAGUUCGAACAGUUCACAAGAGAAUAUCGGUAUACCAUUCCCUGCUUGGAUUUAUUGUACGCGCUAUUCGGAUCGACCAAGUUCUGGUCCGCGAUGUCGUCGAACAAAACGAAAAGACUCAAUCCAUCCAAGUGAGGACGAGAAACGACCUCGGACUGCGUUUACGGCCGAACAAUUGGAGCGAUUGAAGGAGCAGUUCAUGGAUAAUCGAUACUUGACAGAGAAACGACGUCAGGAACUAGCUCAUGAACUCGGUCUUAACGAAUCGCAAAUCAAAAUCUGGUUUCAGGUACGCUUUUCACAUCGUUUAUUUCACUGA